UUAUGCAAAGCAGACACAGAUUGGACAGUGGAAUGUUGCUCUUUCCUUAUAUUAUUUCCAUUGGGAGAGUGCAAGGAUUGAGGAAAGCCUCUUCUUCCAUAGUCCAUUCAUAGUCAUUUGAGUGAAUUAGUCAAAUACAAUCAUUAAGAAGGUAGUUCUUUAAACAUGCAAUUCGUUUUAGCCUGAAAAAGUCUGCUUUAAUUUGAUUUAUGAACUUAUGGUAUUGUAGCAGGGGACCUGACCCCCGCCAUCUUGGUGGUUUUACUGUUCUCAAUUUAUUCAUGAGUUUAAAGGUUGUGCCUUACAGAGCCGGUGGUGAACAUUGACAUGUCAAAGCUCUGCUGAGUGUGUGCUGAUGGCUGAUUUAUCCUGUGGUCCUUGAUUACAAAAUGCAUCACAGGUGUACAGCCUCACCAGAGUCUGAUCAGCCUGCCUCAGGCCCAGCGAGGCAGCAUAAACCCUAGACCAGCCACACUCCAGCAAUUUGUAGGAUAUAUAAUUGUAUACAUAUAUACUAUAAACACUUUGGUAUACAGGAAGAAAUAAGUAAGCAGGCAACAGACUAUUUGUUGGUUUGCUUAUAUUUUGAUUGAAUUAUUAUUCAUUUUUGAGGGAAAAUAUACAAAUAUUUUAUUAAAAUAAAAUGCAGCUACCAUUGACAACUAGACAAAUAUUUAAAUGGCAAAAGCCAAGUCCUAGGCUUAACAAACUCAUCCACACAUGGAGUAGGAUAUAGAGGGUUUAUCGAGUCUACAAUAAACAUACUAAAAACGUCAAAUCAAGUGCCUGAGUGUGGGGUGCAUAUUUGUGAAGUUGUAGAGAGAGUUUGACACGGUGAUUUUUUGCAUGAACCUAAACCAAAUGUUUGGCUAGUGCUUCCGGUAGCGUUGAAUUGAUUGCUGACACCUGACGUAGCACACGCUGAUCAACGACCAGCGUGUUGAGGUUCCCCUCAACUCUCGCAGGAUUGUAGCUCGGUGUUGAAGGCAUUGGAAAUUAUAAUGGGGACACAAAUGUUGAUGUCGACUUUACUGUAUUAUUUUAACACCGUACUACUAUUUCACGUGGUUUUCUGUCACUGCGAGUUCAGCCAUGCCUCGUCCAACGCAGAGCACACUUUUGACGGUUACACCCAGUAUCCUUAUGAAAACCUUUUCACCCCUUUGUUAAAAGCCUUGUCAGAGCAUGGCAGAACGCGGUGGAACGCAGAACUUAAUCAAAGUGUGAAACCCGAGCUCAAGUAUAUGAAGUACAUGGUAGAAGUGCACAAGAAGUCAAGGGGUCAGAGGAGCUUGGACAGCAAUGACCUCUUCAAUACGUUGCGUCUGAUAAAGCCUCUGGAAAAAUGUCUUAACCAACGGAAUGAGAUUUCAAUGCAAGACUUGUCCUACAAACUCGAUACAGUGGGCGACAAAGAGCAGCUUCUGAAAUCCGUCAUGCUGUUCUCUUUUGACCAUGACGUUGCAGCUCCUAGCCCCUCACUGUGCUACCUCAACAUCAAAGAACGGGAGGAUGCAAACCAGUGUCACUUGUGUCCCAGCACUGACCACCAGGUGAUGUUCACAGUUCACCAUGCAUACACGCCGCAAUGGAAGAAUUGGGUGGAGGUCGACAUCACAACCCUCUUGCUGCCAAUCUUGAAGAUCCACAAGCAAACUGUCCACCUGCUUGUCCACCUGAAUUGUUCAGAGGGCCUUGGCCCCCUCGGGGAAGGAGGGUCUGCAACAUUAUUCCCCUCGUGGUCUCCGCCUUUACUUCUCUACCUGAAUGAUACCAGCAAAUCAGCGCGUCAGAAGUCCGUCCCUCCUUCCAGGGCAGGUCAAAGGUCACCGAUGGAUGAGCCACUCACAUCAGCUGAGAGGAGCGCCUUCAAGUUGCAGCAAAUGCUCCGGCGCAAGAGGAGGCUUAGGAGGGCACCUCUGAAGACCAAAGGAGCCGGGCAAAGCUUGGAUCUCCACCUCCCUGAGCUCCUGCCGAGCUCAGAGUACCCGACCAGUGACUGUGCCUUGUAUGACUUCAAGGUGGGGUUCAGCCAGCUCAAGCUGGAUCACUGGAUCGUGUUUCCCCCCAAGUACAACCCUCGCUACUGCAGAGGGACCUGCCCGAGCACCUUGGGCUUCUUCUACCACUCGCCCAUCCACACUAUGGUGCAGAACAUCAUAUACGAAAAGCUGGACACCACGGUGCCCCGGCCGGCUUGUGUUCCCUCACACUACAGUCCCCUCAGCGUUAUGCUCUUUGAGGAGGACGGAUCCUACGUCUACAAGCAGUUUGACGAAAUGGUUGCCACAAGGUGCACUUGUCGUUGACUGAGUGUCGUUCUUUCUUGUACACGCUUAGCAAAUUGUUGACAUUACACCCCUUAAGUUAUGUUACCAUAAAUGUAUUUGGAUAUUUUGUCUAGCCUCAGUGAGUGCAGGACUAUCAUGGUGCAAGUAAUAAUGUAGUUAUUUACGUAGAUCAGGUAUUUUUACUUAAUCGAGUGUAUAGUGUUAAAGAGGAAUCUUAUCCAAAAUAACUACAUUGCAGUUAUUUUUGUUUAAAACUUUAAUUUACUUUAUACACUUUAUCCCACUGAACUCUAAAUAUUUGUGAAAUUCUAUUUGUUUUAUGUUAAUUUAUUUUUGGUUGAAUGGUUUAUUAUUUAACACGAUGUAAUAGUUUGAAGUAACCUUUUACAUUUCCUUUUUGCUUCUGGGGAUACAGACAAGUUGUUUGAUCUGCAACUGUCAAUUUUAAUGUCCAGAAUCCAAAGCUGACAAAAUGAGGCCAGCUGAACGUUUCAAUGAUGUAUAACUUCUGGUAAUCAAGACCACCUAGGACAUGUUGCAUGUAUAGAGUUAUACCUGUAAAUCCAUCUGACCAUUUUUCAAAUUCAAUUCCUUCAGAGAAAACGAUGUGAUUUGAAUCACUGUAAAAAAAAAGAAAAGGAAAUAAAAAGAAAAAGCGAA